UACAAUAAUAAUACCAGGAGCUGAAAUUCCUGUUAGGUGAUCAUCAGUCAAUAAAUAGGCACAGCCUCCAUAAACAAAACUCUACACUGAUCGCUGGAAAAAAUUUAGUAAAAUGGGUGAAGUGAAAUUGUUGGGGGCAUGGGGAAGUCCGUUCAGUCGCAGAAUAGAGAUUGCUUUGAAGCUGAAAGGCGUUGAAUACGAAUUCAUAGAACAGGAUCUUGGAAACAAAAGCUCCUUGCUUCUCCAAUACAACCCGGUUCACAAGUUAAUCCCCGUGCUCGUUCACAAUGGAAAGCCAAUAGCCGAAUCUGCCAUUAUUCUUGAAUACAUUGAUGACACCUGGAAAAGCAAUCCCAUCUUGCCUCAGGAUCCAUAUGAGCGAGCCCUUGCACGUUUCUGGGUUAAGUUCAUCGACGAAAAGAUCGUGCGUUCACUUUGGAAAGCUUGCUGGAUUCACGAGAAGGAUCGCAAGGAAGCUAUGGUAGAAGCAUAUGGGCAUCUGAAAACGCUAGAAAAUGAGCUGAAAGAGAAAAAAUUCUUCGGAGGAGAGAAGAUCGGAAUAGUUGAUAUUGCUGGUAGCUUCGUAGGGUUCUGGGUUGGUUGCAUUCAAGAGGCUUCAGGAGUGGAGAUUUUUACAGAAGAGAAGUUUCCAGUAUUGCAUAAAUGGAAGGCUGGGCUUCUGAGUUGCGAUGUUAUCAAGGAGAAUCUGCCACCAAGAGACAAAUUAAUUGCCUUCUUCCGAGCUCGUGUUUACAACUAUGGAACGGUUAGAUAUUAAUAAGAAAGGGAACGUUAUUAUACCUUAUCAUAAUACUAUGCAUAAUAAUGUAUCAUGCCAACAUGAGUCCAUUGGCUUUCGUUUCAAUGCAAUGCUCAAUUUUAUCUUUGUUUU